AUGACUAUAAUCACUGAACCGGCCGGUUAUUGGCAGGUCAGAUCGGACCGGAAUCCGGCCGGUUUACAGAAAACGACGUCGUUUCCUUCCUUGAAAGGCAAAAAGCACGCGUUAUCCCCCAUUCCCCUCUUCUCCAACUCCUUCCUUCAGCAAAGAGCAAAUUGCCCCAGCCUCCACCAAAGAAAGCAAACCCUAGCCUCCACCAAUAGUUGUCGCCGUCUGUCGGAGUGGGAGACUGCUGCCGCCGUCCAUCGCACUCAAGAACUUCCGUCUUCGUGCUCUCGGGCCUCUCGCCGGAUCCUCCACGUUGGGUGCUCGCAUCUCGCCGUUCUCCUCUGUGCUCGGCUGCUCGCGCCUCCCUCCGCCAGUGAGUGCUCGAGCUGUGCGUGUUGGUUGCUGCUCGUCGUCCGUGGUUGUCUCUGCUCGAUCCUGCCUCCCAGUCUCACUCGAGUCUUGUCUCAGUCACUGGCAUCUCGUGGUUCGUCUGUCUCGUUGCCGGCGGCAGAAGCAACUCGUGGGGUUGUCUCUUGCUUCGUCGCCUUCCGUGGGUGGUCGCCGACUCGCCGUCGACCGUUGGCACAGCGUUGGGAGCCCGUCCCCAAGCCUCUCGAAAAAACUCUACCACAACCUCCUCUACCUCGUCCAAAUCUACCAGGUUAUAUUUCUCUACAGGGGAGGCUUCGACCCAGUAUAGAGGAAAUCAGUGUUCAUUGCUUUCAUUUAGAAAAAAGGGGUGAUGGCCUUCAACGGCUUGAACUUUGAAGAAGAAAUUUUUGA